AUGACGCUGAUAAUAAAAUGGAUGUUUGUACUUGUUUUGGCGGUCGUCACAGCCGAAUUGGAUAGAAUUCCAGAAGACGAAAAGCUUACAAACAGUUCAUCAGCUGGUCUUAUAAUAGCCCCCGCAAAUUCGAGUAUAAUGGCAGUUAAACCGUGGAAAUCUACGAUUCGAUUAUCCCCGUACGUUCGCCCGCAGCAAUACUCCAUUAAUUUGUACCCAAAUAUUGAAAAAGGUUCAUUUGUUGGUUCAGUUAAUAUAACAAUAAUAUUGGACACUGCUCAAAGUUACAUUCAGCUACAUUCAAAAGGAUUGAACAUCACAGCAACAAAACUCAAUUCCAGUUCUGUAAUAGCAUUUCCAUAUCCAGAACAUGAAUUUUUGGUUGUCGUACCUAAUGAAGAACUAAGUGCUGGGGAAUACAAAUUACAAAUAUCAUUUGAAGGUAGUUUAUUGAACAAAAAAGUGGGAUUUUAUCAAAGUAGUUAUAAUGAUUCAAAGAACCAUGAACCACAUUACAUUGCUACUUCAAAGUUUGAACCAUUCUAUGCGCGGUUAGCGUUUCCAUGUUUUGAUGAGCCUCAACUAAAAUCAAAAUUUAAAAUUAGUUUAACUCGACCAUCUGGUAAUAACUUUAUAGCAUUAUCCAAUAUGAACCAAGAGUCAGAAGAGAUCAAUGUCCCUACAAAUGGAUUUACAACUGUCCAUUUUGCUAACACCGUCCCAAUGUCUACGUAUCUAGCUUGUUUUAUUGUAUGCGAUUUUCAAUCACUUGAAACUGUAAAAGCUGAUCAAGGAUUUCCGUUAACGGUUUAUGCAAAAAAUGGGCAAACCGAAAAUAUGAAAUAUGCUCGAAAUGUAGGUCUCAAGGCAAUUAACUUUUACGUCAAGUAUUUUGGAAUUGAAUACCCAUUACCAAAAUUAGAUCUGAUACCAAUCCCAGAUUUUAUUUCUGGAGCAAUGGAAAAUUGGGGUCUUGUGACAUUUCGUGAAACGAAAGUAUUGUUUAAUGAAAGCAUAAGUUCUAUUGAUGACGAAGAAGCAAUCGCUUUGGUUGUUGCUCAUGAAUUGGCUCAUAUGUGGUUCGGAAAUCUUGUUACUAUGAAAUGGUGGAACGACUUAUGGCUUAACGAAGGGUUUGCCACUUACAUGAAAUAUAAAGCUACUCAAGUUGUCCACCCUAAUUGGGAUGUUGACACAUCAUUUCUAAUUCAUGGUCUCCAACGUGUACAAUAUCUAGAUAGUGGCAUUAGUUCUUAUGCUAUGGUUCAUGAUGUUUCUGAUUCCCAACAAAUAUCCGAAAUGUUUGAUGUCAUAUCAUAUGAUAAAGGUUCAUGUGUAAUACGAAUGUUAGAAGGACUGUUGGGUGAAGAAGUAUUUAGAAUUGGCGUGAGCGCAUAUUUAAAACGUUUUGCAUUCAAAAAUGCUGAAACUGAUGAUUUAUGGACAGAAUUACAAAUGGUGACACAAAAUACAAUCAAUGUUAAAAAGCUUAUGGAUACAUGGACACGUCAAGCAGGGUUCCCAGUUGUAUCGGCUGUACGGAAUGGAACUAAACUUACUUUAAAGCAGCAAAGAUUUUUUUCCGACCCAAAUACUAAUUCAUCAAAUGACCCAUCUCCAUAUAAUUACAAAUGGGAAAUACCAAUCACUUAUACCACUUCAAACAAUAAUACUGUACAUAAGUUUUUGUUAUCCAAAGACGAGGAUUCAAUUACCAUUGACAUACCUGAUGCUGAUUGGAUAAAGCUAAAUCAUAGGCAAGUUGGGUACUAUAUCAUAAACUAUUCCGAGAGAGAUUGGUGUUUACUUAACAAUUUGUUAGAAAAAAAUGUUGAAGCUUUAAGUGCAGCUGACCGUUCAAAUCUUAUUCAUGAUGCUUUUAGUUUGGCAAAAGCUGAUGACGUUCCAUAUGGCAUUGCUUUAAACAUGACAAAAUAUUUAUCUUCGGAACAUCAUUAUGUCCCGUGGGAAGUAGCUGCUACAAACUUAAAUAGAUUAAGUGAACACAUAUAUCUACGCCCUGUUCAUAAAAACCUUGAAAUAUAUAUACAACAAUUAUUGGAAAGUAUAACAGAAGACUUAUGGAACGAUUUAAGUGCAGAUCGAAACUUAUUACAACGUAAGCUUCGAGCAGUCAUUUUCAAAUUAGGAUGUUCGUAUGGUUUACCAAGAUGUCACACAAAAGCAUAUGAAUUAUUCAAACGAUUUUUGGAUGAUAAAAUACAACCACAUCCAGAUAUUAGAUACACAGUUUAUUACUAUGGAAUGUCUGUGGGCAAUGAUAGUGAAUGGUAUAGAUUGUGGGACUUAUUCUUAAAUGAACAAGACCCUCAGGAAAAAGAGAAACUUAGGGAUGCAUUGACAGCCUCAAAAGAAAUAUCAAUAUUAACUAGACUAUUGCAAAAUGCAAAAAAUGAUAGCCAUGUUAAUUCCGAAGAUUAUUUAAAAAUCAUAUCACAGAUAAGCCAUAAUCCUUUUGGAACUCAAUUUGUUUGGGACUUUUUAAGAGACAAUUGGCAGUACUUGGUUGAUCGUUUUUCUCUUAAUAGUUGGCAACUUGGUAAUCUCAUUCCUUCAGUUUGUUCUCGUUUUAAUACUCAAGAACGUAUUACAGAAAUGAAAAUAUUUUUUGAAAAACAUCCGGAAGCUGGGGCUGGAAAAUAUGAACGAAUAUCUGCACUAGAAGAUGUAUCUAAUAACAUUAAAUGGUUAGAAAAAUAUGAAGCUGUUAUUAGUAAUUGGUUGAUAAAUUCCAGUUUUUAA